UUCCGAAAAUUCGAAGUGAUGACUCGAAGUCGGCUAUUUUUGGAUUCAAUGAGGUUUCACCUUAAAGAAUGGAUUCUUCUGGGACUGUUCGUACUUUACUGGUGAACUGAACCAAAAAAUGAAUGUAAGCAGACGCAUAACUCAUGGGAUCAAUUGAAAGGUUAACAAAAGUUAAACUGAAAUGCACUGAUCAGUACGCUACAGCGCAGAAACUAACACAGCGCGUCUUCUGCCGUUUGCCAUCAGUUCUUCGGAAAACUUCGUUCUUCGAGGCUAGGAAGAUGAGCCAAAAAGUGGUGACAGUGCGGGGACCCGUGGAUCCUCAAGUUUUGGGUUUUACUCUCACGCAUGAGCAUCUUUCCCUUAAUUUACACCAAUUUUAUAUCUCCGCACCGUCAGAACUGGAAAGUUAUAUUGAUGGCAAGAUUAAACUGCAGAAUGUAGGGUACAUACUGCAAUACCCUUAUAGCUGCAGAUACAAUCUGAUUUUGAACGACGACGAUGCACAGGAGGCCGUCCAGAAAGAUGUUAACCAGUACAAGAAAAUUGGAGGAAGCACAAUUGUCGAAAACUCCUCGCACGGUCUGAGCAGAGAUUUAAAACAAUUGUAUAACCUUUCAACCACAACCGAUGUUCACAUAGUAGCCGGGACGGGUCACUAUAUUCAAGCUGUCCAGCCAGAAUCUGUGCUCAACAUGACAGUCGAAGAACUAGAGAAUUUCUACACGCAGGAAAUUUUAUCCGGAAUACCGAUCAGUCUAUCCGGGGGUGCUAUGGAAACGGUUUGCUGCGGUAUAAUAGGGGAAAUUGGUACAUCGUGGCCGAUCACGCCAUUUGAAAAGAAAACAAUCCACGCGACGGCGGAAGUGCAGAGCACCCUCAAUUGUCCGGUAUCUUUUCACCCAGGACUAGUGAGAGAAGCUCCAUUCGAGAUUGCUCGUCUUUACCUGGAAGCCGGGGGGCAGCCCGAUAAAUGUGUCAUGAGUCAUAUGGAUGUGACUCUACACAAUUCGGAGGAUCUUCUAGAGUUUGCCAAACUAGGUACCUACUGCCAGUUUGAUUUGUUCGGCAAUGAGUGCUCCUAUCAACAGUGGGCUCCGAAAAGUUAUAUGCAAAGCGAUGAACAACGUAUUCAACACAUUCUACAUUUGCUUGAGGAAGAUUUUGGCGAACGGAUACUCAUGUCCCAUGAUGUCCAUACCAAACAUCGAUUGACGAACUUCGGCGGACACGGUUACGGCCAUAUUCUAACAAAUAUUUUGAUGCGCCUAGCAUCGAAAGAUGUGAGUAAAGAAACGAUUGACAUGAUUACAAUAGACAAUCCGGCCAGAUGGCUAGCUAUGUCAAAAUAGGAGGAUAUUUCAUACGAUUAAAUA